AAUAACAAAAUCUGAGAUACGGUUACUAAGCGGCAGUGGUACAAAGAAUUUAUUAACUGCCCAAAUAAGAGGAAAACUAUGAUGAAUAAAACGAAAUUUGACGGUCGUUUCUCGGCUCCGCCGUCUACGGAUAAAAGAAGAUCAAGAUUGAACACAUGGUCUAGUGGUUUCAAUUCGGCAGAUAUCAUUAAUGCUAAAUAUUCGGAGGGGAGUCUCUUCGAAUCUUCAGCAAGCUUUCGGUCAUCUAUUUUUGAUGAAGACGAGGAGGAUUGUACUGGCAGAAAGAGCAAAUCCUCUUUCGUUCAGGGUGACACAUCAGAGAUCGAAGAAUUGAUAAACAUUGAGACGCUUGAAAAACUCUCACAAACAUUCCGAAGAGCUGAUGAGGAUGGAUCUGGAGGCUUAGAACUCGAUGAAUUCAAAAAAUUACUUAGAACUCAAUUACAUAUCCCAACGAAUAAAGAAGGUCAAAUAGACGCUCUAUUUCAAAAGAUCGAUUGGUCUUCAGAAGGAACAAUAUCAUGGGAUGAAUUCUGCACGUACAUGCAAUUGGAAUAUGCGGAGAAAGAAGAUUCAUACGUCAGAGGUAAGGAGGUAUGCCUCCAUUUACCAGCCAAAAUAGUCAACAGUCCCCAUAGAGAAGCAGUUGUCAGAGUUAGUGAUACAACUGAUGGAACGUUUAUCGUAUGCAGUCAGGAUGGAAGCGUUAGUUUCUGGACAUCUACAUUAGAAUUAAAAAGAUCUCGCUCAGUAGUACAAUCAGAAAAUCCCAGAUCGAAACCGAAAUGGAUUACAGAUUUUGUGAUUAUGAAUCAAUUUAACAAAUUCCUUGUUGGAACCGGCGAUAGGGAAAUACAAUUUUUCGAAUUAUCAUCCUUUGAACCUUACUGUCAGAUUAGCGGUUUAGAAACAAUUCCUUUGAAAAUUGAUUACUGUGCUACCGGCCAGGAUGAAUGCUUAAUUAUAUGGGGAGAUUCGCAAGGUUGCAUAAAUAUAAUUGUAAUAAGCGCAGCUGGUGAAUGUUUGAGAACGUGGAAGAAGAUGCCGAAAAGAGAUGGAAUAGCAUCCGUUUCUAUUGAAGCAGUCGCAAAGAAUUCAAAUACUCAUUUCCUACGGUGGGUAGCUCACUACGAUUGGGUUCAACAAGUCAAGUAUUACCAUGAUCUUCGUCAAGUUAUCUCCUGUUCCAAUAAUGCUAGUACAGCCUUAGUAAUCGGUAAAUUUGUUUAUCUAAGCUGUACAUCCGGUUCGACUCAGAUAGAAAUGCAAUUAAGGGAGAUUAGAGACCCUACCUAUGCUCAACUACAGCAAAAGAAAAGAGAAGAAUACAAUGUAGCACCCGUAAAGCGAUUAGAGGCUGAUAAGAAUGUAUUCAAAGUGUAUAAAGGCGUAAAAACGUUCGACUUUUCCAAGCGAAGGAACAUUUUAAUAACCGGUGGAAUGGAUCGAAUUCUAAGAAUGUGGAACCCUUACGUUUCAUCGAAACCAUCGGCUAUGCUUCGAGGUCACAGUGCCCCGAUUGUUCAUGCUUUUAUAGCGGAGGAAGAAGGGAGAAUAUUCAGUAUUUCGACUGACAAAUGCGUCAAAAUCUGGGAUAUUUCAGAUCAAAAUUGCCUUCUUACAGUUAGAGCCAAAGGUCAUAAGAUUCGAGGAGACAUUCAAAGCUGUUAUUAUUCUCCAGUUGCUAAGGCUCUGUGCAUAGCAACCGACCAAAUGAAUUCGCUGCUACUAAAACUAAGACCUCAACAUCACGCUGACAUUCCUGUGACACAUAAGGAACCAAUCUACGCCAUAGUAUAUAAUCCAAACUUUAAGCAGAUUAUUACAAGCUCAGAAUCUUCUGUAAUAAAAGUAUGGGAUAUUGAGACUGGUAAUGCUAUCUUUGAAUAUGGAGACGCCCAUGGUGACAGCGCGAUUACAGCUUUAGCUUUCGAUAAUACAUCCAGGCGUCUAUUAAGCGCGGGAAGAGACGGUUGCGUACGGAUUUGGAAUUACAAUAAUGGUCAUUGCUUGAGAACGCUAAGACGAGAAGACGAAGCUGAAGAAUUAUGCAGUCUUGCCUAUGUUGAAAUGAAUCGAAAUCGUUAUGUAAUCGCUGUUGGUUGGGAUAAGCGUAUUAAUAUAUUCAGUGACUCGAAUGACGAUGCUAAAGUUCGUUUGGUACAACAUCAACAACCUCAUUGGAAAGAUGAUUCGAUAAACGGUCACACAGAUGAUAUAUUAUGCGUUGCGCAAUGCAAAUCUAAUUUGAUAGCAACGUCUAGUUACGAUGGCCAAGUUAUCGUAUGGAAUAUGGUCAGUGGGCAUAGAUUUUGUAAUUUAGUUGCAGAUCCACCUCCUGAAUAUGAAAAUAAUUGCGAAACGAAAUACACGAUAAACGAACUUAGAGAGUCGGGCCAAUUAAGUGUGAACAAGGUCUGUUUUCUACCCUCUAGAUUCGAUAUGAAAGAGUCAGCAUUAGUAAUAUCUAGUGGACCUUGCGGUUUUCUACAUUUCUGGAAUAUUUAUCACGGUGGUAAGGUGGCAGCAAGAUUCUCUUCUGUAAAAUCUCACGAAUCUCUAAUAACGGCCAUGUGCGUUGACAAAAGCGACAAAUUAGUAAUUGUGGGUGAUAGUAACGGUUUUAUUUAUCAGUGGAAUAUAGAGAACUAUUGCUUAAAUGGUCCAGAAGAAGACGCUGCCGAACUACUACUUAAUUGGAGAGCUCAUAUUGAAUGCAUUACUAAUGUGGUUCUAGUCGAUGAACAAAAGAUAAUUAUUUCGUCUUCUCUCGAUUGUACGGUUCGUGUAUGGACUAUUGAGUCAGGAGACUACGUUGGCACUUUUGGCCAAUCAGAAAAUUGGAACAUCUACGAACCGAGUACAUUUCAACACCCAAUGGUUCCAUAUGACGUUUUAGUCGAUCCAAUGAGUUUACCGACACAUCCGAUUAUUAAGGAUAAAGAAAAUAUGGCCGAAGUGGUUCACGCAGAUUCAGCUAGAGAAGAUAAGGAAAAACGAGAAAGGGAACUGCAGGCAUUUAUUCAGUACACUAAGCAGCAGUUUUACGUCGACGAUGAUACUAUCGCGGAACAAUUGAAGACAAGGGAAUACGCUUCCGGUACCGGUAAAAGAUUACGCCACGAAAAAUUUAAACCCCUGAGGAUAGAACGAGGUGGUCCCAGCGAAUAUCAGGCGCUAAGAACAUACAAAAUGGCGACUGACCCAAGUGCGACUUUCACGAAAAAAUUAACAGAAGCUAAAGACUCUUUGGAAAGCCUCGCCGAAGAAGUAUUGACGUCACAAACUGCGCAUUAA